CGGAGGCUGGUGUAUGUUGGAAGCUAGCUUAACUUCCGUGUGGCGCAGUCUCGGGUUGGUCUCGGCGCUCGAACCCUCAACGUUUUUUUCUGCGUCUUCAACCAAACUCGUCUCGUGUGUUUUUCAAAAGUGACAGACGAUGUUUUCCUACAUCAUCGGUCUGAUCCGAGGAGGCCUCGACAGCAUCGUGAACCUGAUCUUCAGACUCCUGUUCUCCAAGAGGCGACCCGCCAUCACCUUACAGGACCCGAGCAUCAAGUACGCGCUGCGGCUGCUGGACAAGCAGAUCGUCAGUCACGACACCCGGAAGUUCAAGUUCGCUCUUCCAACAGCUGAUCACAUCCUCGGGCUCCCUAUCGGUCAGCACAUUUAUCUGUCAGCGAAGAUUGACGGUAAACUGGUCGUGCGCCCGUACACGCCCACGUCCAGCGACGAUGACAAAGGCUACGUGGACCUGGUGGUGAAGAUUUACUUCAAAGACGUUCACCCCAAGUUCCCGGAGGGGGGGAAGAUGAGUCAGUACCUGGAGAGCCUCCGGAUCAACGACACCAUCGACUUCAGGGGCCCCAGCGGUCUGCUGGUCUACCAGGGCAAAGGAGCGUUUGCCAUUCAAGCAGAUAAGAAGUCUGCUGCUGUGAUCAAGACGGCAAAACACGUGGGGAUGAUCGCUGGAGGGACGGGAAUCACUCCGAUGCUGCAGCUGAUCACAGCCGUGAUGAAGGAUCCCCAGGACAAGACGGUGUGCUACCUGCUGUUUGCCAACCAGACGGAGAAAGACAUCCUGCUGCGACCGGAGCUGGAGGAGAUUCAGGUCAACAACCCGGAUCGCUUCAAGCUGUGGUUCACUGUGGACAAGGCCCCAGAAAACUGGGAGUACAGCGAGGGCUUCAUCAACGAGGACAUGGUCACGGAGCACCUCCCCCCUCCCGGAGACGACGCCCUCGUGCUCAUGUGCGGCCCCCCCCCCAUGAUCCAGUUCGCCUGCUACCCCAACCUGGACAAAGUCGGCCACGCUGAAGAUCGCAGGUUCGUCUUCUAGACGUGGACGCGACAUCAGAAAGAAUUCUCUCUUCUCCAAAAAGCAUUAAGCACUCAUGUAGUCGGGUAUUUGCACUAUGUAAACAAUAUUUAUGCCGUGACAUUCAUCAUGCAACAGAAUCACAGCGAGGACCAAGACCUGCCGGGGAGAGGGAAGUUGUGUAUAUGUGAGUUCAGGAUUCAGAUGUGUGUGUGUGUUGUGUUGUUCAUGCUGGGACGGGAAACCAAAGUAAGAGAAGAGAAGAUCGGCUUGUGGUGAAAUAAGGACGUGAUUUAAAAAGACCUGUUGCUAAAGGAACCCAGUGUCAGAGGUUUACUGGCUUUAGUGCCUUAACACUUCAAAAGCUUUUUUUAUGCACACUCAAUAUAAUCGUGCUUCAUUUGUACGGAACCACUCAUCGACCCCGAGAGUUGAACCUGAUGUUUAUUCUGCUCAGACGGAUUCGUUCACGUUACUGAUGAGACGUCUUGCUGCUUGUGUUUGAAUAUGCAACAUAAACCCAGUUACUCUUGAA